AUGCGGGUCUCCGCGAGAGCUCAAACGGCAAUCAGGGUGGACGAACAACCGAUAGAACUCAUCGAUGAGUUGUGUUACCUGGGCUGUAUGCUGAAGAACAACGGCAGCUACGAGGAAGAUAUUCAGCAAAUAUGCGCUAAGGCCACUGCUGCAUUCAACUCCUUAACGAAAUGCCGACCCCCAUCACUAACGAAAUCAAGCUGCGAUUCUGCAUAUCCCCAUCAUAAUGUAAGGAUCGAGGACUUGGGGAACACCAUCAAUUGCGGCGAUGAAGAGGCUUGA